GUCUUCGUUCGUCCGAAACGAGAUGAAAAGGGGCGAAGGAAGAGAGAAAACAACGGCUCGGAGUCUCGGCGGCGCGUAGACAUGGUCGGGUGUUGCCGCCGCCGCUUCACUCACGCAGCAGUCUUCGCCGAGAUCGUCGCUCCAAGGUACUGCUCCACUCCAGCCACUCGGACUAAGCACACUGCAAAGAUGGUGUCUCGGCGCAUGGUCGGAGCCGCCCUCGUGGCGCUCGUCGCCUCCUCCUUCGUGAGCUCUGCCGUCGCGGCCUCCAUGGACGCACAGGCGGAGAGGAAGUUCGCGGCCAAGCCCAACGACAUCAAGAAGCAGCAGAACUUCCUCCCCAACAACAAGCAGGAGCAGGCGAACGACGGUGGCUUCCAGUGGGGCAAGAUCCUCAACAUGGUGAUGCAGAUCUUCAUCGGCGGGCCGACUGGCGGCUCCAGCGGCGCCUCCGACAAGAUGGACUACAUCACGCAGCUCACGACGGGCGAGUUUUCGUGGUCGAAGGUGCUGGCGCUCGGCCUCCAGGUGGUCCUCAGCGUGCUGGGCGGCGGCGACAACGCUGCUCUGGACAGGAUUGACGGAGGCUCGCCCAUCGAGGGCAUUCUGACAGCCGUGAUCUCUUACCUGACUGGCUCCAACGACCCCCAGGAAGUCGGUGUGAUGGCCAAGCAGGCUUCUGAGCUCUUCGGACUGGUGAUGACCCUCCUGGACGCCCUCCGCACCUCCUUCUCGCAGAGGUCUUUCGAGGCACGCAGCAUGGGCACCACUGACCCCCUGGCCGAUGCUGCUGUAGCUGCCACCACCAUGUUCAAGAGCUACAUCAAGACGUAUUGGGCCGAUGACGACAUGUGCAUGCAGAAGUACCUCUGCGAAGCGAACAACGACUGCGUCUACAGCACUGGCGACACUGGUUACCUGUUCUGCCAGAUCGGAACAUAUGGAAUGAGCUACCUGCUGGAGCGCACCACCUACACGCCCUUCGAGAUCUACAACGACGCCGGACGCCGCGGCCGCGUCGGAGAGAACUGCAGGGAGAUCUUUAGCGACUGCAAUGACGUCUAAGACGUUCUCCUCUGUCCUGCUUCCGUCCCAUCCUCUCCUUCCUCUUUCCUGACCGACUCUCUCCCCUUCGUCUUUCGGCGCCCGCGGCCAUUUCACCGCCCUUCCUCGUGUUCGCACGACGGGCUGGGAAUAGGAGUGAAAUGGCCAGCAGUCGCGUGCGUUGGUGGAACAGUUCGUAGAAAUAUUUAUGUGAGAUGCCGUUACCCCGGCACUUUAAAAAUCACUGGAGCUCAAAGCUCCAAAUAUAAGAGGCAUUGACUUGGUCUGACGAAGACUUUUGGGGAAGACGAUGACAGCUUCACCAUUUUUCUUUUAUUCUUUGUUUCUAAUUCUUACUUCAUGGAAAAAUAGACCAGACGAUUCUGAGAGACAGACCUAUCGUAUGCAGUAUUUUUUUUAUUGGGACUGUUGAUGCGAAAAGUUCAUACUUAUUGCCAAACUGUCUUUGACUGUUUGAAAAUCCUUCAGACGUGUCACGACGCGACCCAGCAGACGCUCCUCCAUCCGAGACUCGGCCUCUCGGUAGCCUUCAUUUCCAGACAAUUCCGGUAACCUUAAUGGAAGCAUUUGAGGUUUGACUGGAGGGGACUGAUGGGGGACCCGACGUGUGACUGAGAUACUUCUUGUUGACACGAUGCAGGGAACUUGACGGACCUGACAUGAGACGAGAAAGGACGAGUCUGUCAAGAGUCGAACCAGAUCGUC